AGAGAGAGAGAGAGUGAGAGUGAGCGAGAGAGAGAGAGAGAGACACGCUCUGUCUUAGUGCACUUUGCAGUAAGUUGCGGGCGGCUGUUGCUGGCGUGGCGGUUGCUGGUCGCGGGGAACUUUAACACGCUGGAUCCCAAAGUCCGUCUCUCUUACCUGUGCAGUUCGGAGCUGCCAUGGAUCUCACGCCAGGAUUUACAUUCUUAAUCUUGCUGACGGUUUUUCUGCAAACGAACGGCCUUUAUAUCGCCAGUAGCAUAGAAUCCCUGCAGCAUGUGCUGGGGGACUAUGGACUGGUGAGGCCUGUUCUCACUGACGCAGAGGGCCGCUUCCUGUCGCAUGCUGUGUCGGCCAGUGCGGCAGGCGGGCAGUUCCGUAGGCGCUGGCGAAGAGAGGCGGAGACAGCCGACGACGCCCACGCUGACGCCGGGGGGGACGGCGAGAGGCUCUACUACAACGUCACCGUCUUCGGCCGGGAGUUCCACCUGCGCCUGCGCCCCAAUCGGCGCCUGGUGGCUCCCGGAGCCAAGAUGGAGUGGCAGACGUCGGGCAGCACGCACUCGCAGCCCCUGAAUGGUAACUGCAUGUACGUGGGCGACAUUACGGACAUAGAGGGAGCCUCGGUGGCUGUCAGCAACUGUGAUGGCUUGGCAGGGAUGAUCCGCACCGAACAGGAGGAGUUCUUCAUCGAGCCAGUGGAGACGGGAGACCACGUGAUCCAGCAGGAGGGUGUAGGAGGCAGCCGGCCGCACGUCGUGUACCGCUCUGCUGCUGUGAAAAAGCCUCCAGCCAACCCACUGAGAACCGACGUCCACUCCAGAGGUGCUGAUCUGGGAGGCCUGAUGGACCUGGAGACUCUGUAUGAAGGGGUGCAGCGGAGUGUGAACCAGAGCAGAAGAGCUCGUCGCCAGUCACCUGAGCGAACCUACAGCAUCGAGGUGCUGCUAGGGGUGGAUUAUUCAGUGGUGGAAUUCCACGGGCAGCAGCAUGUUGAGAAGUACCUCCUCACGCUCAUGAACAUCGUGAAUGAGAUCUACCAUGACCGUUCCCUUGGGGCGCGAAUCAACGUGGUUCUGGUUCGGAUUGUCCUGGUGGAUAACGAAAAGUCUAAGAGUCUGAUUGCGGAGGGGAACCCAUCACUGAGCCUGGAGAAUGUGUGCCGCUGGGCCUUUGAGCAGCAGAAGAAGGACACCAACGACAAAGAGUACCACGACCAUGCCAUCUUUCUCACGCGCCAGGAGUUUGGGCCCACGGGGAUGCAGGGAUAUGCUCCAGUGACGGGGAUGUGCCACCCGGUAAGGAGCUGCACUCUGAACCACGAAGAUGGCUUCUCCUCUGCCUUUGUAGUGGCCCAUGAGACCGGCCACGUGUUGGGCAUGGAACACGAUGGGCAGGGGAAUCGCUGUGGCGACGAGGUGCAGAUGGGCAGUAUUAUGGCCCCUCUGGUGCAGGCUGCUUUCCAUCGAUUCCACUGGUCCCGCUGCAGCCAGCAGGAGCUGGGACGCUAUUUACACUCCUAUGACUGCCUCCGUGACGACCCUUUUGAGCACACGUGGGAGGAGCUUCCCCAGUUGCCUGGCCUCCACUACUCCAUGAACCAGCAGUGUCGCUUUGACUUUGGUGCCGGAUACAUGAUGUGCACGGCGCUGCAAAAGGUGGGGCCUUCAGGAGCCCAGUACCGCACCUUUGACCCAUGCAAGCAGCUAUGGUGUGCUCACCCGGAGAACCCCUUCUUCUGCAAGACCAAGAAAGGACCCCCAAUCGACGGCACGAUAUGCGGAGAUGGCAAGCACUGCUUUAAAGGCCAUUGUGUGUGGCUCACCCCUGACAUCAUAAAGCGGGAUGGCAACUGGGCCAUGUGGAGUGAGUUUGGCUCCUGCUCUCGCCCGUGCGGACGAGGCCUGCGGUUUCGCACUCACGCUUGUGAUAAUCCACGGCCUGCUAAUGGCGGACGCCGUUGCCCUGGCUCCAACUACCAGUUCCAGGUGUGCAACUCCCACGAGUGUGAGGACCCGUAUCAGGACCCCAGAGCCAAGCAGUGCAGCAUGUUGAACAGCAAGUUUGAGCACAACAAUGCCAGACACCACUGGCUGCCUUAUGAGCACUCAGACCCUAAACAGCGUUGCAACUUGCACUGCCAGUCCAAAGAGACACGAGAGGUGGUCAACAUGCAGCAGCUGGUGGAGCCCGGAACCCACUGCUCCUACAAAGACCCCUACAGCAUGUGUGUGUAUGGGGAGUGUGAGAAAGUAGGCUGUGAUAAUGUAGUCGGCUCAGGGCUUCAGGAGGAUAAGUGCGGUGUGUGUGGUGGAGAUGGUACCAAGUGCACAAACAACAAGUUCGAAAUAAUCUUCUCUAAUAAGAAAAGUGUUACAAAAGUAAUUGAAAUUCCUAGAGGGGCAAGGCAUUUGCUAAUCCAGGAACUGAAUGGAACAUCUCACAUCCUGGCUGUGAAGAACAAAGCUUCCGGAGAUUUCUUUUUGAACCCUCAUGGAGAUUACCCCAAGAGCCGCUCUGUCAUUGAGAAUGGCAUAGAGUGGGAGUACGAGAACAAUAACAGCAAGGACACCAUCCAGACAAGCGGACCGCUGAAAAAUGAUGUUGUUAUCAUGAUCCGGAUGCAUGGCUCGGCUCAAACGAAGGUGUCAAUCAAAUACAUCACGAAUGAUGACAAGCUGAGUGACAGGGCGAAGGAAAACAACAUGGUGCCUGAAAACCAAGUGCCCUACUCCUGGGCGCUGAAAAGAUGGACGCCCUGCUCCAAGACCUGCGGGGGAGGCAUGCAGAAGACGCGUUAUGGGUGCCGUCGGAACACUGACAUGAAAAUAGUGCAUCGGCGCUUUUGUGAUAACAUCAAGAAACCUCAAGACAUUUUCAGAGAUUGCUACCUGCGCGAGUGUGCCCAGCCCAUCUGGGUGGCUGGAGAGUGGGGUGAGUGCAGUAAGUCCUGUGGCAGGUCAGGGACCCAGACACGCUCCGUGCGCUGUGUCCAACCUCUGGGCGACGAUCAGUUCAAGUCCAUCCGCAGCCGCUACUGCAGCGAUGAGCGACUAGAGUCACGGCGAGAGUGCAAUCGUGCACUCUGUCCCGCUGAGUGGAGGCUCGGGCCCUGGUCACAGUGCUCGGUGACAUGCGGUAACGGGACCCAGGAGAGACAGGUGCUCUGUCACACACGCGACAACACCAUCGGCCUCUGCCUGGACUCCAAACCAGCCGCUCUGAGACCCUGCAGAAUGGAGCCGUGUCCCAAGGGCACGUCGGACUUCAACAAGCACGGUAACUUCCUGAUCCAGUGGCUGUCGCGUCAUGACCCCAAGUACCCUGUUCAGAGGAUCUCAAGGCAGCGUUGCCAUAGUGACCGCACAGUGUUCUGCACCAAGGAUGUUCUGCAGCAGUACUGCGGGUUGCCUGCUGUCCAGCGCAUAUGCUGCAAGUCCUGUAGCCUGGGCAAUGCGACCAGGGCUGUCAAGCCCACAGGCCAGCCAUUUGCCACACCAAGUGUGACCAGCAGGGGGCAUUCUCAAUCAACCAACAGCCCUAGCCCCAUCCAGAGGCAAACCACGACAACAUCCUCUUCCACCCUCUCGCGAACCAUGACACCAAUCACUUCUUUGCAUACAGCCACAGGACAGAACCCAUCCUUUGCAAUAGUGACGGGUCCUAACAUGGACACUAUCGAACCCAGCGUCUGCGUGUCCUCAACAAGCAGCAUCCCCACUGGCCUGCGCUCAUCAACGGCCAUGCCAGUCACCCUCACCUCUGGAGGUACAAGUGCCUUUGUCACACAGACACACAGUGGUGACAGAACUCACGAUGGGCUUGGUGCUGCGGAUGUGGAUGGCUUCUCCCUGGUUCCCAGCACCACGGUCCUGUUUGAGGAUGUCGUGGUGAGCAGUGGUGUUCUUCCCAGAGAAGACGUAACAGAGCCCCAAACAAUGUUACCCUACAGGAAUGACGAUAGAUCCCUUACCGCUUCAGGUUGGCUAACGCUGCCAUCCACCAGCGAGGACACUACACCAACAGGAAGUGCUGCUAUGGCAACAGCUCCAACUGUAGCAACACCAACAUUCAUUAUGCCAGCUAUAGCAUCAGCUUCGCUUGUAACAACGUCCCCGACAACAGUGUCCAUGGUGACUAACAGUGUCCAUGACAACCAUUAUAUCCAUACAAUAAUGAGCACUGCAAGGUCACCCAACAGAGAACGGGAGAGCAAUGCCAUUGAGGUACCAUUUAGCAUCACCAGGCUGGACAGCGAAUUCCCCGAGAACAACAUCAUUCCCAGGAGAGGGCGCAUCUUUGUGCACGAACGAACGCGCAACAAACGCAUCCAGGAGCUAAUCGAGGAGAAGCUGAACAUCUUACGUAGACUGAAAAGAGCUCAGCAGACUUGAUCCUUUAGAACGAGAGACACGUCCAUGCGACUCAUGAAUUUACACGUCGACCUUGGUGCUUGGAUCAAGUACAGGGAAAAAUGGCCAUACACUUUACAGUACCAGUGUGCUUCUCGCAUUCGUUUUUCAUGACGUGGCAAACGGAACUUUGUGGAGCAAAACCACUAGCAAAUGUUUGCACAAUUGCUUUGAACAUGAACAGAAACCUUUUAGAUGACUUUUAGAUCAAAAGGGAUUUCUGGUUCAAAGUGAUUUAUUUCUUAUAAACCUGGAAAUAUGGUGAGGUGGAUAUUCAGCUGUGCAGUUUUAUCUAAAUACAAAUUGUCUGCACUCCCCAUCGACCAUAUUCUACAUAUAUUACAGGCACAUAUUUUUUUCUGUGGUGAAAAGUUUGGUUUAAUAUAUGAAAAAAUGGGUCUUUAAAUGUAAAGUACUGCACCAGCCAUAUUCAUUAAAAACCUGUCUAGACUGUGCAUGUAGCAUUAUGCUUUAGCGUUUCAGUGAAAUUAUUCAGUCCUUAUUUCAAUACACUUUAUUUAAAAUGAUCCUAAAAUUUUAAUUUGGAUUUGUAUUCUUGCUAUGAAAAAAUUAAUGGCCAUUGUAAUACAUUGGUUAUUAUAACAUAUUCCCUUGGUUUACCUUGAUAAGAGCUCAACAGUGUGACAGAUCUAUUAUGAUCCCAGUGGUUCUACAAGAGAUGUGAUAUGACAGGCGCUACGACCACAGCCACACAAGGCUGCAUUUUGUAACAGCAAGAACCAGCAAAUUGGAGGUCUGAGUCAGUGAGCAGUUUCUCUUUGUCUCUCUCUUAACUCUACUGCGUGACAUAUAUUUAUUAUAAAAUAGAAUGUCAGUGGAGGUUUUUAUUGAUUGGUUGUUUGAAUUGCGAAAUUCAGGGAUUCUCCAUAUUGGUUGGCUUUGUUGUUGUUUAUUUGUUGGUUUGGUUAUGCCAGCUAAUCUUUCAUACUUGCUAAUAUGCAAAUUGUGUUAAAAUGUUACAAAACGUUGAUCAAGUAGUCUAUUUUUAUAUUUGCCUUGUCAAAAUGAAAAUUAUAUCCAUACAAGUGAGACCUGUCACUAUUUUAUGUAUAUAUUAUUUGUUGAAAGCAGAACAGAAAUAAACAAAUUAAUUUUAUCUUCUGCAAAAUAAA